AUGGCGCCGUUCAACCCACCGACUACAGUCCUCAGCGGAUUCAAAGAAAGACCAGAGGCCUUACUCGUGCAGGGCAAGUUCUCAGAGAAGGUUGCAGGUGACAGGUUGUAUGUCGGAACAGCAACAGGCAAUCUCUACAUAUACGAGUACAGCGAACUUUCCGAGAAUGUAUCAACUUUGGUGGACACUAAGAAGGCUCUGUCUCGUAGACCUAUUGACCAGCUGGGCUAUGUCAAGGAUAUCAACUCUCUGGUCAUUCUCACCGAAACUAUACUAACUCUGUAUCCUCUCCCGAGCUUUGCUCCUCCAACGCCGCUUACAAGAGCCAAGGGUGCAUUAUCAUUCGCUGUUCACUCUUCCGUGCACAACGUCGCCCCAAGUGAUGCCCAAGGUAGCGCUAAUAGCGUCGGAAGGGCAGGCCCGAUCCCUACGAUGGUGACGCAGCUUAUUGUGGGGUGCCGAAGGAAGGUGGUGAUAUACACGUGGAAGGACGGCGAGGCACAGGAAGUCAGGGAAACUAUUCUUCCGCACUCGCCGCGUGCUGUGGUGUUUCUUGACUGUGAUAACAUUUGCUUUGCGUACUCACCUACCGAGUACGCUCUAUUCUCCAUCAGUAAGCUCACGACACUCGAUGUCACCACACCUAUACCCGCGAAUAUUUCUUCCAUGGGCGCGUUUUCUGGGAUUACUGGGUACAUGACCCUCGGGCUGGGAGCCAAAGCUAAGCCUGGGUUGGUGCGGCUGAGUGAUACCGAGGCACUCAUUGUCAAAGACAAUCAGGGAUUUAUCAUCGGUACUGAUGGCAGGCAGACCAAGCCAGCAACGAUCGAUUGGCCAAGUCCCCCUGAUGAAGUUGCUUUUGUCAACCCAUACAUUUUCUCAAUACUUCCUCCUGGUACCGUCCCGGUGCCGGAGAACGAAAGUACUUCUCCUCCAUCUGGAGGCGCACCAGCUGCCCCUCAGUCAUCCCUCAUCCCCUCUCCCGUUGUACAAGUCAUAUCGUCACUGACAACGCAACCCGUCCAAACUAUUCCCUUCCCACCGACACCCGUAGCGUCCCCUACCUCCACUUGCACAAUUAGACUCUUGACGUCUUCUCCUGCCGCCAAGGCCCCUCUCUUCCUCGUUGCUACUCCGAGCGACCGCACAAUAGCUACCGCCGAGGGUAGCUCCGUAUGGCAAUUCCGGAUGAGGUCAUGGGGAGAUCAGAUUGAUGAACUUGUCCAGCGUUGCCUCUAUUCUGAAGCACUUUCGCUGCUUGAUACUUUGGACAAAGCUCUUUUACCAGACAAGGACCAACGACAAACUCACAUUCGCGCCCUUCACGCCGUGUCUCAAUUCCGGCUGGGAAAGUUCGAUGAUGCUAUAAAUUCUUUCCUUGAGCUUGAUCUCAACCCCGCCAAGGUCGUUGCUCUCUAUCCCGAGCGCAUCGCCGGACGUCUUUCUGUUCCUGCAGAUGACUGGAUUCCACUUUUCGGGGGACCUGCACAUCAGUCACUCACGCCCAAGAACGACGACGCAACCUCAACAAAGUCCCAAAAUGACAAUGCAAGCAAAGAGAAACUCUUGGAGCAGCCGUCGCCCCCCGCAACGUCAGUCAGGGCUCCCGUUCGUCGGGGAACUGCGUUUGGUGCACUUUUGUCCUCGUUGAAAGACAAAGACGAUGAUACUGCAUCUAUUAGUGGGAGGAAGAAGGUAAAGCAAGUAGAUGAUUUCAGCCGGUCGGUAGAUGCUCUAUGGCGAUACCUUACUGAUCGUCGUCCCAAAGUGGCAGGCGCACUCGCAGCAGUACAUAUUGCACCUGCUCAGUCUCACCAGUGGCCUUUCCUCUCUGAGACUUCGACCGAAGAAUUAUUUGCGCUGCCGAACAUACCUUUGACCCUGUUGACUCCAGAGCAGCUUGUGCGGUUCGCGCAGAUUGUGGACACAGCACUGUUCAAGUCUUAUCUUGUCACUCAGCCGGCCCUCCUUGGUGCACUUUGUCGAUUACCCAAUUGGUGCGAAGUAUCAGAGGUCGAGGAGGAGCUCCGGGCACGAGAAAAAUUUGCGGAGCUAAUAUAUCUCUACAACGGAAAGAAGAUGCAUGCUAAGGCUCUCAAUCUUCUCCACCAGUUAAGCGAGAAGGAGACGGACAUAAAAGACAAGCUUGAUCCGUCCAUAUCCUACCUACGGAAACUUGGUCCUGAGUACAUCAACCAAGUAUUUGAGUCCUCCCGCUGGAUCUUUGAGGAGGACCGUGAUGUGGCUUUCCAGAUAUUUACAUCGGACGACGUUGAACUCCCUCGAGGUCAAGUAACGGAUUACCUAGAAAAGAUUGACCCCACCAUAUCUACUCGUUAUAUCGAGUAUCUGAUUGAUGAGAAAGGUGAAGAGAGUCCUGCGUUCCACGAUCGGCUGGCAGUGCUCUAUCUGAACAUGACGCUGAACGCUCGCAAACGAGGAGAUGAGGCCAAAGGAUCGGAGGUUUACUCGAAGCUCCUUCGCUUCAUUGAUACCACUGAUUACUACCGCCCCGAUCGCUUGUAUGGUUUACUGUCUGAGAAUCUUUACGAAGCACGAGCUGUGUUGUUGGGACGUAUGGGAAGGCACGACCAUGCUCUUGAGCUCUACGUUUACAAGCUCCGGGAUUAUUCCAAGGCCGAAGAAUACUGCAAGCGAAUAUAUAAUCCAAACGCAACCACCAGAAAUAUCUUCUUGACUCUUCUCAAGCUCUACCUCCGUCCCACCGAUAAGGCAGCGCCGAACUUGUUACAGCCCGCCCUAAACUUGAUUAGUCGACACAGUCCUCGCUUAGACUCCGUUGAAACUCUUCAACUUCUCCCUCCCCUCGUCACUGCUCGUGACGUGCGCCCAUUCCUUCAAGAAGCUUUACGAGCGCCAAUAUUCGAUAGUCAUGUCAUUCGCGAUAUUCACAAAGCGCGGAAUGAACAAGUCGCUAGGAAGCUGAUGCUGCUAGAGUCUAGGCGUGUCAGAGUGACGGAUAGUAGAAUUUGUCCCCAAUGCCAUAAACGUCUUGGUAGUAGUGUUAUCGCAGUUCACGCUCCUAGGGGAGAGGUGACUCAUUAUCAGUGUCGUGAUGCUUUUGCUCGGAGGCUCAGUGAUCUCACGAGGAUAUGAUAGCCAUGUUCGUUGUGCAACAUAGCAUUGGGGUAUGGCAGCGUUCACCGCCAUGAUUUGAGUGAGGGCCUGGCCGUGGAGUGCCUCCUACCUGUAGUGGACUUCUGUGUGUAUCUAUCUCCUUGUGAUUUACCCGUACAGUAGA